AUGGCUGAAUUUGCACAAGACACUCCAGCCCGGUCUCGUCCUCGAUCCGCAGAUGUCAGAUCAAAUUCCCAGGAAGCAGAGCCCAGUCUCGCAGCCAUCCAGUUUAAGAAGAUAAUGAAAGAGUUGCGUGAAACGAGGAAGAUGGCAGCCGAAGCUUUGGAGAAGUCCAAGGGCAACCAUACGUCGCGUCCGGAAGGCCUCAAGGGGAGCAAAAGGAAGGAGAGGAUAGAAUUAUCAGAUGGAAGUUCCACCGAAAGUAUCCAUUCCGAUGAUCAGCAGAAUGACCAUGAAGACCACCAGGACCAGAGGAGGGAAUUGAAAAGGUCCAAAGACAGCAAGCUGCGGAGACAAAUUGAAAAGAUUGUGAAAGGGUACAAACCACAAACACCUGCCGAAUUGGCUGUUGAAGCUGCUAAAGGAAUUUGCAAAUCACCCUUCACCAGUGAUAUUCUGAAAGCUAAGAAGCCCGCGAAGUUUACUCAACCCAAAUUCAAGUUAUUUGAAGGCGUGGCCGAUCCCAUUGAGCAUAUCUAUCACUUCCAGCAGCAAAUGGUCCUCGAAAGCGAAGACGAAGCGUUGUUAUGCAAACUAUUCCCAUCUAGCCUGUCAGGGUCGGCCUUGACGUGGUUUAGGCAGUUGAAGCCAAGAUCCAUCGGCAGCUUCACUGAGCUUUGCGAAGCUUUCAUAUCCCAAUACGUGUGCAAUCAAAGGAGAAAGAAAGACAUCACAACGCUGUUCAGCACAAAGCAAAAGGCAGGUGAAAGUCUCAAAGAUUAUCUGAAGCGAUUCACGGAGGAAAUGUCUACUUUAGAGACUUACGACUCACACACUGCGUCACUGGCAUUCCGCGAAGGGGUGACGCCAGGAACAAAAAUGCAUAAGUCCCUGGUCAAGACACCACCCCUCGACAUGAGGGAGGUUUUGGCUCGAGCUGAUGGAAUCAUCAGACUUGAAGAGGAAGAACUCGCUUUGUCAAAGCGCACCACCGCAGCCAUUUCAACACCAAAGCACCCGUAUGAGAUGAUCCAAGGGCCAAGGACAAAUUUUCCAAAUGGAAGUCUCCGCAAUCAAGCAAGGACCAAUUCUCCCCCAACCAAACUGACUGUUAGUCUGGCUAAACUUUUCCACGAAAACAAGGGAAAAGGGAUUUUUCGAACGCCUCCGACAUUACGUGAACCACCAGAGAAACGAGACCGAAGCAAGACUUGUGCACACCACAACGACUUUGGCCACACCACCAACGAUUGCCGGAAUCUUAGGUAUCAAGUUGAAGCAAUGCUAAAAAAGGGGAUGCUUUCGCAAUAUCGAGCCCAACCAGAAGAUAAGUUGAAGGAGGAGCACGCGGCCGAACCAGUGACCAACAACGUCGCCACUGAGGAGGGACUGUUGGAAAUCAAUGCUAUCCAUGGCCGACCUCAACUGCCAUAA